UUUACCACUUACAGCCUAAUAACAGGGAAACACGUGAAGAGACUCAAGUGUAUGGCAGCCUUCCUCUCCUGAUGCUGCACCCAGAGAUCCGCCUCAAUUUGUUUAUGGAAGUUACAAAAGUGAGUAAAGACAAUUAUGGUCAUAUAUUCAUGAGAAAAAUAAUUUACAGUUCCUGACCUGCAGUAACAAUUUAUAAUAAAAGUGAAUUAUCACGUGCGUGUUUCAUCCUUCUUGUUAGGAAUCUGUUGUAAGUGACGGUGGUUGUGUGUUGAAUAACAAAUGAGAAAUAUACAACUCUUUACGAGAGGAUGGAAACUGCAAUCAAUAUUUACAACCGUCAUCACUGAUGAGGAACACUGCCUCGCCCGAGUGUUGCUUGGAGACGACACGUUAGGGGAAGUCUGGCCUCUUCUUCUCUUCCUUUUUCUUCAAAUCUUCUUUUAAUUUACUGAUACAAUACUGCAGUCAAUGGCUCACUAGUGAAACUGAAAAAUGUAGCCUGGGUGUUCUUGUGUUUAACAUGUAUCGAUGUUUUGCAGGAGAUGUCAAUGACACAUUGUUCUUACUCUGCUAAGCGUGCUGCCACAGGUCUAAAGUCCAACCGUGCUGCGAUCCUGGAGGCACAAUGUCAAUACAUCACCAGAAAUACUGUACACAAUAGGUGAAGUUGAAACACGUCUCUCACAGUAAAUCUCUGCUUACUCACAAUCACCACCACAGACUCUCUAGUAGCACUUAAUAUUGAUAUAGUACAGCAACAUAAAAGGAACUGAGAUUAAACUACGAUAAGCAUUUUUGGAGGCCCGAUCACUAAACUCAACAUAAGUACGUAAUAGUGUCCGUGUUACCAACAAUUAUUCAGAUGAACUGAACGCAUCCACAUCUUUGACUAGUUCAACAGAACAAGGAACAGAUAGAGUGAGUCACAUAAAGUUCUGCAACCUAUCCCAGGCUCUGUUUGUCCACCUUAUCAGCUUGUCAUUACACCUCCCACACCCUAACAUCACUCUCAGUGUUUAGUUUCUGCUGCCAGUCCAAAUACUUUUCCAUCUUCGGGUCACUUUCAGGUGGAAUUUCUCUCGGAAAACAGGAAGGAUUUGAGCUGGAAGUUUACUGAUCAAACAGUUUUACAGCAGCUAGUUAGUUUCCACCCUGACAACAUGUGUACCGGAAGAUGUUCCAGUUGCAUUGCGGUUACUCUGUACCCGUUAGCGCUCAUAUCCAUCAUCUGUAACAUUGUGUUGUUCUUUCCCGGCGGAGACGUGAAGUAUGCCAAAGAUGGACAUAUUACUGAGGAGGUGAAGUACAUGGGGGGACUCGUUGGAGGAGGUUUAAUGGUAUUACUCCCAGCACUUUACAUCCACUUGACUGGAAAACAGGGCUGCUGUGGGAAUCGCUGUGGGAUGUUCUUAUCAAUUGCAUUCGCUGCUGUGGGUGUGGCCGGUGCCCUGUACAGUUUUAUUGUGGCAGUGCUCGGUUUGCAGAAUGGGCCCCUCUGCAAAGUAGUCCUGUUCUGGGUGACACCUUUUAAAGACAGUGACCCGAGUUACCUGACAGACAACACAUGGUGGGGAACGUGCAUAGAGCCUCAGAACAUUGUGCAGUUCAACAUUGGAUUGUUUGCUACUCUGCUGGCUACAAGCGGCCUGCAGCUGAUUCUCUGUGCCAUUCAGAUGAUCAACGGGCUCUUUGGCUGCCUGUGUGGAACCUGUGCAAACAAAGGGCCGCUGUGAGUUCCUGACAGUUCACUGGCGCCACCUGCUGGAAGAGAGAGUAUUGUUCCUGCUGUAUCUGCAUACAAUAUUCACUUAAAAAUAUUUAUACUUUUUGCAUGUUUUUCAUGAGGCCCAAUUCUGUAUAAUAAAAAAGAUCUCUAUAAUUACA